AUGGAUGCCAAGGAUAUUGGGCAGAAGGGAAAUUCAGCCAACGAGACAUAUGUAGGAGACCAUAUCAACACUGGAAACUCUUUGGUCUGCAUCGUGGUAGCAAAGAACCAGCGCAUGAGGACAGUCACCAACUUCUUCAUCCUCAAUCUGGCCGUUAGUGACCUGCUGGUGGGUAUCUUCUGUGUUCCGACCACCCUGAUAGACACCCUGAUCACAGGUGAGAGUCAAGGGCAAAGUUGGACUUGCAGAAGUAUGAGAUGUUUGAGGCAGCGUUUCCAUGCCUAUUAUCAAGUUGACAUUGAAGGGAGGGAGAAUUCCAUGCAUAUCUUCGACCAGGGUCGGAUCUCAGAUUUCUACAGCAGGCGUGUGAGUUUUCUCACUUCUGUCUCCCCCAGAUUCCACUGCAUUGUUCUUCCUUUCCAAGAGAGGCUCAGCCUUCCCAAGGCCUCGGUGAUUAUUAUUGUGGUGUGGUUGCUCUCCGUAGCCAUCAUGUGCCCUUCAGCCAUCAUGCUCACUGUUGGCCAGCUGGAAGGCCACUACAUGGUUCUUGGCAAUGGCAAGAAUGCCACUUACCCCCUCUAUACCUGCUAUGAAGCUUGGUCAGACAACAGCAUGAGAAAACUCUACACAACAAUUCUCUUUGUCCAUAUCUACUUGGUGCCGCUGACACUCAUUGUCUUCAUGUAUGGAAGGGUUUGCCUAAAGCUUUGCAAUUCUACUGUGCCCGUCCCUGAACACUUGCCUUGUGCCAACCGAGCCAAUGGCACCUCCAAAAAGAGAAUCAAGAUCAUCAAGAUGCUAAUCUUGGUCACACUCCUCUUCAUGCUCUCCUGGUUACCUUUGUGGACUCUCAUGCUGUUGGUGGAUUACAUGGAUUUGGCUGAUGAUCACCUGGACUUGCUAACUAGUUACGCCUUCCCUUUUGCUCACUGGCUGGCUUUUUCUAACAGUAGCAUCAACCCUGUCAUUUACGGCUACUAUAAUGAAAACUUCAGAAGGAGCUUCCAGGCUGCUUUUAAGUUCCAGUUCUGCUCCCAGGAAUUGACCACGCAGGAACCUUAUUCUGAGCACCCACUCGGCCCCAUCAACAAAAUCUUCACCCAGGCAAACUCAUCUAACUCUUCAUCCUUGCAGCUGACUCACCUGUCCUCGAGGAAAACUCAACCCAAGUACCCAAGCCCUAUCUUAGAAGACAUUGAUAAAAGUAUGACUUACCAUGUUGUUAACCAUGCUUGGAAGAAAACCAGAACUUAA